AUGUCUUCCUCUUCCACCACUCCUCCACCAGACCCAACCGAGCAGCCCGAGCAAUCACGUUCCCCCGCAUUCGAACGAUGGCGGAUAUCCUUAUCGAACUUCACAGGAUUGGGUUUGAGUGAAGAAGAGAAGGAACGUAGGACGUUGGAGAAGGAUUGGGACAAGUGUGAGAAGUAUAAGAAGGAUCUGAUGACUAACAGUCCAAUGAUAACAUUCCUUCUGUCCCAUCUCAAACAUUCCGGGUGCGAAUUCGACUCAUCCUCUAUCCAGUGUCAUCCAUGUCCCGAGACUCGUUCUGGUGGAUUUUCACCCGAUCAUGGAAUAUUAUUAUGUCAAAAUCGAUUUUUCUCCAAGAAGCACAUGGAAGAUACGUUAUCGCAUGAAUUGAUACAUGCCUUUGAUCAUUGUAGAUUUAAGGUCGAUUGGGGGAAUUUGAGACAUCACGCUUGUUCUGAGAUACGAGCUGCCAAUUUAUCAGGAGAUUGUAGAUGGACGAGAGAAGUGAAAAGGGGUUUUUACAGUUUCAACAAACAGCAUCAGGCAUGUGUCAAACGUCGUGCGAUCUUAUCUGUCCUAGCGAACCCAUCUUGCAAAUCACCUGAAAUGGCUGAAAAGGCAGUCAAUGAAGUUUGGGAGAGUUGUUUCAAAGAUACUAGACCGUUUGAUGAGGUUUAUUAG